AAUCACAAUCAUAUACCAAUCUUUACCGGACCAAAAAUAAUUAACUCCUUCCACCCAAAUCUCCGGCGAUUUCUAGGGUUUCUGGUUUCGAUCGAAUCUCGGUUGGCGCCGCCGGACGUCUCUGGUUUCCGAUCCUGCGAUUCUGAGAUGUGAGGGAUUUUGUUGGUAGUGGUAGUUUGAAUUGAUGAGGAAGAAGAGGAAAGGAGGUGUGGAUGACCCAUGUCCAGAUCCACCGGAGGCUCUGACAUCGAAGUCGUGCAAUUCGCGGUCGUUGCCGCUAGAGGAUUAUUCUAGGUUGAAGAAGCGGUGUAAAGAAGAUGACGCAGGGAAUGAGUCUGUGGGAUCGUAUAAGAGCAGGCUUGCAGGCAUUGCCACGGCUCCGCCGUGUGGGACUUCGUCUUUGGUUACACCAGGAAGAGGUAUCAAGAGGAAGAUAGGAUGUAUAGAUGUUGCUACUCAAAUGGGUAGGAAGAAUAAGAUUGAGGAAGAUUAUAGCAAGGGUGCUACAAUUGGGCGUGGGAAGUUUGGUUCAGUUUGGUUGUGUCAGUCCCGGGGGAGUGGAGCAGAAUUUGCAUGCAAGACUCUGAAGAAAGGGGAAGAGACGGUUCAUAGGGAGGUGGAGAUAAUGCAGCAUUUGUCCGGACAUCCUGGGGUUGUGACAUUACAGGCUGUGUAUGAGGAGUCAGAAAGUUUUCAUCUUGUGAUGGAGUUAUGCUCAGGUGGGCGAUUGAUUGAUCAGAUGCUUCAGGAGGGUCAGUAUUCAGAGCAGCGGGCUGCUAACAUAUUCAAGGAAGUGAUGCUAGUUAUCAAGUAUUGUCAUGAUAUGGGGGUUGUGCACAGAGACAUAAAGCCUGAGAAUAUUCUUCUUACAAAAGCAGGAAAGAUAAAGCUUGCAGAUUUUGGACUGGCCAUGAGAAUAUCUUACGGACAAAAUUUGACUGGUUUGGCUGGAAGUCCAGCUUAUGUUGCACCAGAAGUUUUAGUGGGGAAGUACUCUGAGAAAGUGGAUAUCUGGAGUGCUGGUGUCCUCCUACAUGCACUCUUGGUUGGUGUUCUUCCAUUUCAGGGAGACUCCAUAGAAGCAGUUUUUGAGUCAGUAAAGACUGUGAAGCUUGAUUUACAUGCAGGGAUAUGGGAGUCAAUUUCCAAACCUGCGCGAGAUCUUCUUGGGAGAAUGCUGACUAGGGAUGUUUCAGUACGGAUAACAGCAGAGGAAGUACUAAGGCAUCCAUGGAUAUUGUUUUAUACUGAGCGAACAUUGAAGGCACUACCCAUUAAAUCGAGGUCGAAGAAUCAAUCAGGAGCACCUUGCCACCAACUUGCAAUUGCCCCAAGACUAAAGGCAGUUCUGAACAAAACAGGAGAUGAUUCUCUCAGUGAAACUCUUAGCGGUCCUUCAUCUUCUGGUAGUUGCAAGUCAGAAGAUCAAGAUGAUUGUGGUUUAGUGGAUGCACUUGCCACUGCCGUUUCACAUGUCAGAAUUUCUGAGCCAAAAAGGACCCGGCUGUGUAGUCCCACAGGUCCAAUUGAGCAGCAGUGUUCAUCUAACAUGAAAGCUAACCUCUGUAAAGCAUUUUGAUCCUGCUGACAAACUGACACAAUCCGGUAUCAUUAGCUAAACUGCUUUUAAGCUGGGGGAUCAAAUAACCUGCCCUGGCAAUGAUCUUCAGUGGGCAAAGAUAUCAAGUGACAUUUAGCAACGGAAGAUGGUAUUUUGGGUUUAAUAUUGGUAAUGCUGUGAAAUCUCGGUGCUUCUCUUCUGUCUCAUUCAAAUAUGCUUAUUUUAAUCUAAUAAUGGCUUUAACCUGACAUAUUAAGAAUCCUUGUACAGAUUGUGUAAAUAGAAUGCCGCAGUCUAUUACUUUGUGCUUUCUCGACAUUGUAUCAUAGGUGAUAUAGUGUGUUUGGUUAUUAAUAAAGCAAAUAAUCUUCCAUC